AUGGACAGAAUAGGGGCAGAUCGAGAGGCUUAUCUCCGGUUGGGCCAGACGCUUACGAAGAAACACUCGGAUGAACUUUCCACGCAACUAGCAGUGUACCAAUCGGCGUUGGUCAAUUUUGCGCGAGAUCAUGGCGAAACCAUCAAGAACAACCCGGAGUUUAGCCGAAAGUUCACCCAAAUGUGCCAUCUGAUCGGCGUGGACACUUUGGAAGUGAUGCUUUUUCUGGAGUCGCAGAAGAAAAAGGGCGACAAUUUUUACUUGGGUCUAGCUGUCCGUGUUGUGGAGAUCUGCGAGGAGACGAGGGACAUCAACGGUGGCCUUAUUUCUUUGAAGGAGCUACAUUCCCGACUACAGGAAAACUCCAGUGCGCCCGUGACGGCGUCUGAAGAAGACAUCGUCAAGUCUUUGGCGUACUUGGGCAGCGAAGGAAACGGGUACGAGCUUAUGGACAUCAACAGGCGCAAAUGGAUCCGGUCUACAGGGUCGUCGGAAAAGGGCUCCAUAUCCACCAAUCAAAAGAAAGUGUAUGAGCUUUGUGAAUUCAUGGGAGGGUAUGUCACGCAUCGGCUACUAAGGGACAACUUCAACUGGGACGCUGCGCGGCUGAAAACCGUCAUUGAUGAGAUGAUUCUGAAUGGGUUUCUUUGGAUCGACAAUCAGGGCCCCAAUGGCGAAAAACAGUACUGGGAGCCUUCAUGGAUAUCCACGUGA